CACCUCUCGCACCACCACCUGCCACGCUCCCGUUGCUCCCCGGGCCCGGCCGCCAUGUCCUCAGACGCUUCCUCCUCUGCGCAGCCGGCGUCCGACGUGCAGCGCAUCGAGGCCACGCGGGCAUCGCUGCGCAAUCUGCGCUCGCGCCUCGCAACCAUCGACCGCGUGCGCGUGGCGCUCUCCGCAGUCGACGCCGGCGAUGCGCUUCUCAUUCCGCGCGGCUCCAAGGUGCUGAUGCCCGCGCGGCCGGCGCAGGACGCGCGCGUGCGCAUCGAGGAGGAUGGCGUAGAGCGGGAGGUGUCGGCGGCGGAAGCGAUCGCGACGCUGAGCGCUCGCAGGACCGGGCUGGAGCAGGAGAUGACGCGCACGCGGCGGGAGCUGGACGGGCUGCUCCAUGGAUUUGCGCUGGAGAGGGAGCGUCCGGCGGCAGCGCCUGAGCCAGCGCCUUCCGCCUCGCCUAGCGCAUCAGCAGCCGAUCUGCCCUCGUCUGCCGCGGAUCUGGCCACGCUGCUGCGCUCGUCGCAGCUUGGCGGCGUGCAAGCCGGCACAGAGGUCGACGAGCGCGGGCGCGUGCUCAACGAGGAGGGCUUGCCGUUUGUCGACGUCGUCGAGUCCGAAGCAGAAGCGCCCGUCGCGCCCAGCGCGGUGCAGCCGGCCACGCAGCCCGAGACCGCGAUGGAGCGCGACGAGAAGAAGCGCUGGAUGGAUGAGGUAUUUGCGCGGCUCGAGCGCGAGGAGACGCACGCCUCAGACGACGAGUCGGCGUCAGAAGGCGAGCCAGCCAAGUCAUCAGACGACGACGAAGACGACGAUGACGGCUCGCAGCCGGGCGACGCUGCGCCGAGCACGCCGCUGCCGUCGGCACAGCGCCCGGCGCCGCUGCGCUCCGUGCUCAAGCGCACCAACUCGGCCGCCUCGAGCGGCGUGGCCACGCCAACGCCGGGCUUCCAGCGCGGCUUCCUCAAUCUCAACCCCAGCAGCCCCGGCCCGCAGCGCAGCAACGACCCGUUUCUCUUUGCCGCGGGCGUGCUGCCGACGCCUCAGACCGAGGCGCCGUCGCCCGCGCUGCCCGCUUCGGCGCCGACGUCUCCCGCGCCCAAGGGCCGCAAGAUGCGCUUCCUGAACCUCAACCCGAGCAGCCCGGGCGCCGACGGCGUGUCGUCGCCUCUCGACGCGGCCGGCGCCUCGACUACGCCCAUUGCCACAUCUGCAUCCGCCGAGAUGGCGCGCGCCUCGUCGUCGCAUGCACGCGAGUCAAGCACGUCCGCAGACGAAGACUCGACGCGGCUCACCCGCUCGCUCGAGCUGCCCGCGCGCCGCCGCAAGCAGGUGCGCAUCAAGUCGCCCGCACGGCCCGCGACGUCGGACAGCCCCGAGCGGCGGCACUUUGCGCGUGGCGGCCGUCCGCUCGCUCCGCCCGUGCCAUCGCGCAUUGACGAAAGCGAGCGGAAAGAUGCAGAGGAAGAGGCACAGAGGAUCGUGGAGCUGCUCGGGCCGGGCGUCGCGCGCGGGCAUCCGAAUGCGCCGCCCGAUCUCGACGCGUUGGAGCGUGCGAGGGCCGAAGACGAGCAGCAGCGGCUGCCACCACCGGUCCCGCCCCUGCCAAAGGGGCCGACGAUGAAGGACGCAGUGGUGGAGCGCAAGCCCGCCGCCCAGCCGCUCAUGCCGACCGCUGCGCCGUCGAUGUUCAAGCGCGGUUUUCUGAACCGUUAUGCAGCCGGGCCGUCCAAGGCUGCGCGAGAGCGGCAGCUGCCGGACGCGCCGCGGCGCUCACAGGGCAUGUCGGCCCUCGAGCGCGCAGGACAGGUCGACGACGACGAAGAGGCCAAGGGCCGGGCGCCGCUGCCGCAUGCACGGCCAAGCAAGGCGUUUGCAGAGCGGCUCGAGAAGCGGCGCGCCGGCGAGGCAGAGGCGCCAGAGGACGAGGAAGAUGCGCAGCAAGGCCGCGUGCGCUUCGCUGCGCCACAAGCCAUCGAGGACGAUCCGGGCGAUGUCUCACCGCCACCCGACGACGGCGAUCCACCAGAUGCCUCAUCCGACGAGGCGUGGAUGCUCUCGAGCGACGACGACUCGUCCAUCGACCUCGACGCGCUUGCGCCCUCGUUCGACGCGCUCGUCGACGACCUGCACUCUGCCGAGCUGGCACGCGAGUACGAGCUCGCCAAGGCGGGCCUGGCCGAGGCGCGCGAGCGCGCGGCGCAGCGCAUGCUGCUUGGCGGCAGCGACGCAAUGGACGACACCGAUGAGGAGGAAGACGGCACGGACAUUGUGCCGCCAGAGCGGCAGGAGGGCGAGCGGGUCAGCCGCUUCAAGGCCUCGCGCGUCGCGCGCGCAGCCGGCUUCGCAGGCGGCCGGAGCAGGGAACUGAGCACGCCGAGCCGCGAGGAGCAGGACCGUCGCGCCGACGAGGUGGGUCACGAGCUCGCACACAUGCUCGAGGACGCACAGAACGUCGGGCCGUCCGACGAUGCGGACACCCACCCGCCGGCACGCGGACUCGGCGCGCCGCCGCCGCGCGUCGCAAUGGUCAUCCCGACGCUGGCGCCUGUGCGGUACCCCAAGAAUGCACGCGAGCUGCUGCAGGGCGAGCGCCGCGGCCCCAUCGACCUCGAGGGCGAGAGCGAAGACGAGGACGCGCUGCAGGGCGUCAUGCGCGCGCGGCUCGAGGAGCAGGAGAUGCGCGCCGGACUGCCGAGGGAGAGCCGCACAAAGGCGCAGGCCGGACCGCCAGAGGUGCGCCCGGCCGCUGCGCCGCUACCCGAGGCUGCGCCCGACGUCGCGCCUGCUGCAAGCGUCGAGCCUGCGUCCGAGCGUGUCGAGCCUGCGCCGAAGCGUGUCUCGCGCUUCAAGGCCGCGCGGCAGUCCGCCCGCGACGCCUGAGUCACCCUCCCACACAUCAUUUCACCCUCUGCUGCGCAAUGCAUGUGAUGCACGUUCAUUGCUGCUCUAGCGCGGCGACCGCCUUGAGCAUCUCGGCGCCGAUGACGGCGGCCUCGUCGAAGCGCGGCGCAAAGAACGCACUUGUGCUCUCGAAGCGCCACUGAUACAGCUCAAAGUUGCCAAAUCGCACCGCCUGCGCCCAGCCGCGCGCGGCGACGACAAACUCGGUGUCGUCGGCACGAAAGUCGUGGUCAUGAAUGGCCGCGCGCACCGACGCCCGCACGCGUGCCGGCGAGCGGAAGAGGUACUCGCACACGCCGAUCCAGAGGCGGAAGAUGGGCGUGGCGGCGAGGUCGAGGUGCGCGUACGGGUCGAUGCGCAGCAGGUGCCAGCAGUCGACGAUGGCGAGCAGCGCGAGGUGCGAGUUCGGCGGCGGCGCGGGCGCGGGCGCCGAG